GGGGGCAGCGGUGGGAGAGUGGGGCGACAGAGCGUGGUUUCUAGGGAGGGGGCGGGGCAUGGGAACCUGGUCUCGUUUAGGGCCCGCCCCCCAGUGAGGAAGUAGGGAGCCGGCGGUUUCUCUCUGACUCCGCCCACCUCGGAGAGCCGUAGUAGCGCAAGGUCAAGUUCGCCUUAGACCCUCCCUCUUACCCCCAGCGCGGGGGCGGGGCGGGCAGGUCCCGGGCUGACCCCGCCAGCCCCGGAAAGGACGUUUCUUGCGCAGGUCUGGCGCGGUCCUCGCCGGGCCUUCGGUGCAGGGCUGUUCGCGGGCGAGGAACCCCGGUUCGGCACCUCCGGGCCCCUAGUUCCCUGGAGUCCCCGGAGGCUCGCCGAGUGCCUCUGCGGAGCCCCGCGACGCGCAGGCAGGGUGGCUGCAGCAGCAGAUGCGGAUGUGUCCGACAGGAUGAAGAGCCGAAUCCCUGUGGUGCUCCUGGCCUGUGGCUCCUUCAACCCCAUCACCAACAUGCACCUGCGCUUGUUUGAGGUGGCCAGAGACCACCUUCACCAGACAGGCAGGUACCAGGUGAUCGGGGGUAUCAUCUCUCCUGUCAAUGACAACUACGGGAAGAAAGACCUUGUGUCUGCCCGGCACCGCGUGGCCAUGGCCCGGCUGGCCCUGCAGACGUCCGACUGGAUCCGGGUGGACUCCUGGGAGAGCGAGCAGGCGCAGUGGAUGGAGACAGUCAAGGUGCUGAGGCAUCAUCACAGCGAACUGCUCAGAUCUCUGCCCCAGAUGGAAGACCCAGACCAAGGCAGUGCCAGCUCCCCCGCCUCCACAGCUGUGCCUGAGCUGAAGCUCCUCUGCGGGGCAGAUUUCCUCAAGACCUUCCAGACCCCCAGCCUCUGGAAAGACACACACAUCCAGGAAAUAGUGGAGAAGUUUGGCUUGGUGUGUGUGACCCGAGCAGGGCAUGACCCCAAGGGAUAUGUCUUGGACUCGCCCAUCCUGCAGAGAUACCAGGACCAGAUCCACCUGGCCAGGGAGCCAGUGCAGAACGAGAUCAGCGCCACAUACGUCAGGUGGGCCCUGAGCCAGGGGCAAAGCGUGAAGUACCUGCUCCCGGAUGCUGUCAUUUCCUACAUCAGGGAACACAACCUCUACCUCCGGGAUCCCAGCCCAGAGAGGGAAUGAAGGCUUGCCAACCCAGGGAGGGCCAGCCCCUUCUUUUCCAACCAGCUCGUCCUGAAGACAGGGCCCUUAUGGUCUUUGUUUUCUGAAAUCUUUCCAUUUUGCAUUUGGUUUGUUUCAACAAUGAUUUUGCUUCUGCGGCAUCUUCUGUCCCAGGAAGAGAUACCUUCUUCAGGGAGGAGCAAAGGUCUGCAUUACAAGGAUGGACAUUUAUCAUCGAGGUUAAAGUGGUGUGGAGCGCAUCAGGAUUAGACAAAAGCUCUCAGAACCUCUGGUGGAAGAGGCCUCCUUGCUUUGUAAAUGGUAGUUAUGGCAUGAACACAGAAGGUGGUUCUGCACAUGGCAGGGGCCCCUGAGGGUCAGAUCAGAAUUGCCCACAAAGCCUUUUUUAACUGGGACCAGGUGCAACCUGUGGGCCUUGAUUGGAGAGACUUGACAGGAUGCUAAUUACCAAACAGUGGGCUUUGCCAAGACCUUGUUUCAACAAAACAGCACUCAUGAAGGCCUACAUUCGGGAGCAGCACUUUGUUGAUUGACACUGAAUCUUCUUUUAUGAGCUGUUGUCUGCCUGCCUCCUGGUCAUUGGUAAAAUUUAAAUUAAAAUCUUUCUAAGUAGUGAUCCUCAAACUAUUUUUGAUACAGUAUACAUAUAUAUUUUUUCAAUACAGCUAUUCUAUUAUAUAAAUGCCAGGGUUCCUGAUUUCCAGGUUUCUAAAAAAGAGCUGAGUUAAAACAGAUGCUUUGACUGUUUUAGAGAAUCUUUUUGAAUGUUUUAUGAUGGCCUGCCUGUUUGAAUAUCGGCGAAGGGAUAAAUAAUAAAUUGACAUGAAAAAGUACUAA